AUGCAACGGGCAUUUCAACACGGCGGCAACCCGAUCUCGGCCGUCCCCGCCGUCGACCGGCCGGGCCCGCGCAACAGGCCGGCGGCCGUCAACGAGCUGCUGGUCAUCCAGUACGCGUGCUGGCUGGCACAGUUGCCGCAGGCGGAACACAUCGCUGCGAUGUUUACGAUCUUGACCGCGCCUCCACCCACCGGAGACGACCGCCAGAUUCCACACAGGUCGCGACGCCUACUCGCCGGUACCGCAGCGGUUGCGUUUGUCCUAAUCGUGCCAUUGCUCUCACGCACGUCGUCGCCGCCCGCUGUGUCGAUGUCGUUGCCUCCCGCACAGUACGCCCUGGACGGACGCACGUACGCCAAAUGUGAGGGCACGUACAAGCGCUCGGACGACCUGAUCCAAGGCAAGCCGAUCUGGGACCGCAUCGACCCGGACAGCUCGCGCUUCAUCUUCUUCUGCUCGGGCAAGUGGCGUGUCACCGGCUCGCAGUGGCGCGAGGGCCUGCUCGCUGAGAACGGCGGCUCGUGCGGCUCCUUCAUCUCCUCCGACGAUGGCGCUGCGGAGUGGUACGAGGCAAAGUGGGAUGGCGCGGGCGCCGUCGCCGCCGCCGUGGACUUACCAAAGUGCGAGGGGGACAGAUCCAGUUUCACAACACCUUGGGGCGCCAAAAACGUGUGUCCCAUGUACGAGAAAGACGAUUGGCGCCAGGGAUGGGACCGAGACAACUGGAAGAGCACAUACGGCAAUUGCGAAUCCUACGCCUCGGGCGGUACCAACGCUGGCCAUUGCGGCGACACAGGGUCAGCCAAGGCCGACGCAGAAGUGGUUGGCGAAGAGAACAUCGAACGCACGGCCGCAGCGGAUGUGUACCCAUGGAUGCUUGACGCCACCGUUGCGCUGCAGGAGCUGACGGCCGGCAGGCUUGCUCCCGGCGACACUGACGUCGCGGCGGAGGCCAUCUUGAAGGUGUUCCAAGACGCUGGUGUCAGCCUUGGGGCAGCCGCUCCCGACACGAUCCCCCUCCCCGCUCUUGGCGAUGCCGCUCUCGACAAACUCGCCAGCUUGGGAAACAACGAGACGUGCGUCCCCACGUCGCUCGCGCCGGUGACCAAGGACAGUGCAUUCUGCUGGUUAGCGCUGCGCGCACAGGCGCAAAUCGUUAAAGCCGCGGAGGAUGCGGGGCUUCCUACGCCGCCGCAGAAGUGCAUGGGGGACCGCGCCACCUUUCGGAGCAGUACUUACCCCGACCCGAAAAAGUUUGGCCUUGAGACCAUGUGCGAGUACUAUGUCGAGGGGAAAUGGUAUCAGUAUUGUUCCGACGACAGGGACGCGGACACGGCGCUCUCGGCGGCAGAAGUUUGUCACGAGUGCGGCAUGUGCGACCAGCCCCCUGGGCCUCCUCCCCCGCCAUUCGCGCUAAACUCCAUCGCGUACACCGUGGCGGCGAAGGAGUUUCCGGGAGCCGUGCCUGAGGAGGCGAGUCCCGCAGAGAUAACGCUCUCGGUCGAUGCCACGUACACCGCUCGUGACAGCCUCUACGCCAGCUCUUCUCCGCUCGCCGACGUCUGGCGGAGCACGGGUCGCUACGCCAACGCGGGAGAGCCAAUCACCAUCGAAGUAAAGCUAAAGGAGGGACAGAGGGUCACAGGCCUCGGUGUCCGCAUCGGCUGCCACACAGACUCCCUGUUGGGUAAACGAAACGAGCUCAAGCGCUCGCCCAGGAUCUCAACCUGGUUCGCGCUGACCGGAGCCAAGACAACCGUAGCGAAUCCCUGGGGGGGGCUCGUCUAUAUCACCGUCAGGGAUAAGACUCAGCUUGGGACAAUCGAGGUGACGAUCAAAGGCGCGUAUCCGGCUCCGUUCUUCCGCCUCGGCAAGACGACAGCAGCAGAGUGGAACGAGAUGGUCAACAACCCAACGAUGGCUCCGUGGGCAGAGCUCGCAGGAGACAAGAUCAUCCUCACCGCCCCCACCGCGAGCGCCAAGCAGGUGGCGGACCCGAACGACCUGAUGAAGUUCUGGGACAAGGAGCGCUACGUGUGCGAUCGGCAAAUCAGCGUCGGACUCAUGCACUCUGGCUACCCGAUUAUGCUGCUCUCUGGCGUGCUCAACGUGACCGACAUCAGACUAAAUGGCGGCUGGGGGGUUUUCCACGAGCUAGGGCACAACAUGCAGUACAAGCCGUGGGUGUGGGAGGCGACCGUCGAAACCACGCCCAACGUGUGGUCGGUCUUCCUGCAUGAAACCAUGACCAGUGUCGAUCGAGACCAUGCCCACGAAAUGGUUUCGAGAGAGCGCCAAGUUAAGCUAGUUGAAGAGUACUUCGAUGUCGAAGACGCGGAAGAGGGGCCCGACUUCAGCAAAUGGGAGGUUUGGACCGCGCUCAUCUCCUACCUGGAGCUUCAAGAGGCGUUCGGAUGGGAGUUCUACCAGAAGGUGUUCAGAGCGUACCGCGCGCUGGACAGCACGACAAAGAAGGAGCUCGUGUACGCUUCCGCUGCGGACAGGUGCAACAUGUGGGUAAACCAAACGUCACAGGCGGCCAACAAGAACCUGGUUCCUUACUACAAGGCCUGGGGCAUGCCCGUCUCAGAUGAUGUCACGCAAGCGUUGGAGGGGCUCGACGCGUGGGAUUACGGCAAAGACUGGGAGACUUACAACGCUGUCUUAACGUUCGGCGCCGCGGGCACCGCGUCAGGAAUGACAACGCAGUAG